AUGAGAAGAAAUUGUUUGGACCCGUUUUUUGAUCGAGAAAAGGUAUUUCAGCAAAAAAAGUAUUCAUGCAAUCAUCUGAUCAAAGAAAGAACUCUCGAAUCGGCUCAAGCAGUCGCUGCCAGCCUUUUCCCACCAACUGGAAAUCGAGUCCGGAAUGCGAGCUUUCUUUGGCAACCGACACCCAUUCAUUCGCAUGGAAUCGAUCGAGCUCAAGAUAUGAUUCUUCGCCCAAAAGCAUCUGGUUGUCCUCGAUACAAGCGCCUCAAUACAACCGAUCGCGUGAAAAGCGUUCAUCAAAUCGAGAAAAAUUAUGCCGAUUUCUUUAAAUAUUUAAGUAAUAUGACGGGAAAUGAGAUCAAUGGAUUGAAUGUUGCACAUUUAUUUGAGCUUGGAAUUGAGAUUAAAAACGGCCUUCCACAACCGGAUUGGCACGAUGAUGGUCUCUUUGCUCUACUCUCUGCUUUGGGAUUGCUUGGCGAUGAGAUGAUUCCAACAGCGGCAGUCAUUCUUUUUGAGAUUCACCGAAAUCAUUCGAUCGAUAAAUGCUUAACCGUUCAAAUUUUAUACCGUAACACCACCAAAUAUCCACCAUAUUUGAUGGAGAUUCCGAAAUGUUCAAAUCCAUGUCCGUUAAAGGAUUUUCUCAAGAUCUACGAGCCGAUGAGGGUCUCACAA